UAAGUCAGUCGUACUUAAUAUUCGAACAGAUACGGUCGGUUUUAAUGAAAACAAAAUAUAAAUUAGCAUUACGAGACGUUCGGGGCCGGAUUUCGCAAAACAGAUUUCUUAUUCAGCGACCGGCUGAUAUUGGUAAAUUUGUGGUGCUCUAGUACGACCGAUAUUCAAGCGGUUCUGUGUGAAUGCUGUCGUAAUUUUGAAGACCUUUACAGAAGGAGUGCACGUUUGUUUUGCGAACGGAUUGCUAUUGCGCGCGAAGUACAGAGACCUCGUGAGAGGUCCGAGAUUUCCUUAGACAGCUUUGUCGACUUGCACCUUCCCCGAGCUGUCCGUCCGUGCAGAGCAGACUGGUGGGAGAGCCCGUUGCUGCUGCUGGCUUUACCUCCAAACCACCGGUUUUUUUUCUAGUAUUCGACAAAAAAAUCAUUCUGCCCUCUCCAACGCUUCGCAACCAGCCAAAUCUGUUUUGCUCGAGUUUUAUUUCGUUUGUGCGCGAACGUGAGAAAUUGAUACUGCCGGAAAUGUAGAUUUAUAUGAAUAGCAGAAUAAAGAAGAUAGUUUCUUCUCGUUUUUCUUACACGGACCGCAGCUACGGCCAAAGAUACUCUUUUGAAGCUUCUCCUGUAACCGUGCGAAGUGAGGUGGUGAAUGAAAAAUUGUUCUCGAUGCGAAGAAACAUCCUCCGGCCAAGAUAGUGCCAAGCAGUAUGGAUAUUCUAGGGCCUAGGGUGAAACUGAGUGUUACAUUUUAGCUGGCGACAAGAAAGUGUGAAAGUGUGAUACGUGCGGUAGUGGAAAAACGAAAUUACUCCGAGCGAGCAGUUCAUAUUAUUGUCAAAAAAAAAACACAGUGCUAAACGUGCAGGCAACAAUUUGCAUCCAAUCAGUGGGACAACAUUUUUCACCGAAUUUCACUGCAGCGUACACGGAUCAUAACUCAGUCAGCCGGGCCCACGGAGGCAAACUUGAAGCGAACUUGGCCCCUUUGGAAUCAGCACACAGCGGAACGAAAAAUGAACGAAAGAAUCCGGCAUCGAUGAACCGGUAGUCUGUGAUAAUGUCUCAAUUAUUACCAUAUAUAUUAGAGUUUAGGUGUACCUGAAUAGUGGAUAAUGAAAUGGAUACUUAGUGCGUUAGCCUAGGCAACUAUCUAACAUGAACAUACCGAGCAACGGCGAAUGGUGGACAGCGAAGGAUCUCAUGCAUAAUAAAACGCACCAGUUGGUUCCCCAGCCGAACACAGUGCAUCGUGUUAUGCAGAAAACGAGUCACCUCGACAGGCCACCGCAACAAGAAUGAACCAGGUUCAGAGUGAUUUAGUAACAUCUGCAGUGACCGCAAAAACAGCAACAGCAACAGCAACAACCCUCAAACAAUCGAGCGACGUCAACGGUACCAACGGUAAAACCGCAACUGCCAACGUCAACAAUAACAGUAUCAAUAGUACUCGCACCACCUCGGCAACAACCACAAUCAACAACAACAACCUGAACAGCAAGAACAAGAACUCGGACAAUUUGAGUCACGUGAACUGCGGGAACAGUGUAAUUCAUAUGACAAACGUCAGUGUACCACAGAAGCUUUUGGUCCCGAAUGGGAAAUCGCAAGCACCGGCAGCGCCCUCCGCACCGGAUGCCCGGGCAAAACAGGUCCUAAAGGAGGCUGUCGAUGCCGUUGUAAAUAGUUUUGCCAAACACACCCAAGGAUAUGGUAGAGUAAAUGUCGUUGAAGCGCUGCAAGAAUUCUGGCAAAUGAAAGCGGCACGGGGAGCGGAGCUUAAAAAUGGCGCACUAGUGAUAUACGAGUCAAUCCCGUCAACGAGUCAACCCUACGUCUGCUAUGUAACGCUACCGGGCGGAAGCUGUUUCGGAAGUUUUCAAAAUUGUCCAACAAAAGCAGAGGCUCGACGGAGUUCCGCGAAGAUUGCCCUGAUGAAUUCGGUUUUCAAUGAGCAUCCGUCCCGCAGAAUUAGUGAUGAUUUCAUUGAAAAGGCAGUCCAAGAAGCACGAGCAUCAUUCAAGGGAGAGAAUCCCGAAGAAGAUGGACCGGAUACAGGAAUAGGAGCCUUCAGAUUCAUGUUGGAAACCAACAAAGGUCGAACAAUGCUCGAGUUCCAGGAGUUGAUGACCGUUUUCCAGCUGCUCCAUUGGAACGGAUCUCUGAAAGCUAUGCGCGAGAGGCAAUGCUCCCGGCAGGAGGUUGUCGCGCAUUACUCCAACCGUUCACUGGACGACGAAAUGCGACAGCAAAUGGCUCUGGACUGGAUAGAACGAGAACACGAAAAUCCCGGAUUACUGAGUAGGGAACUGGCGAUUGCCGAACGAGAACUAGAGACUGCCCGGUUGGCUGGAAGAGAGCUACGGUUCCCGAAGGAGAAGAAGGACAUCCUCCAAAUGGCGCACAACCAAUUGAAUGGUGGCAGCAAUAUCAAUAGUUGAACUACAGCUUCCGUAAUCGCAUAACGUUAGGUGGGGUGAAAUUCUUGAUUGAUGACGAAUUAAUGCUUGACAUUGGUUUCGAAUUUCUAUUUGAAACAAUGCCGUAUAAAAAUUCCUUAUUAUUUAAUGGAUUUGUUUUUAUGCAUUAAUGAUUACGUUUUUUGUUUGAUAUAUAGUUUUAUGAUAGAAACAAACGAAUCAAGCAGCAAGGAUUUAUUUGCAUGUAGCUUUUAAUCCAUGACAAACAACCAGAACAUAAGCUCAAGUAAAUGUGAUUUAUUGCAUACUCUCAUUCAAUUUAACAGUAACAUUCCAUAGCCGGUAUCCGUGGACAGUGAUUAUAAUUGGUGGUGGGGUUUAUUUGUUCACUAGUUGACUAUUUCUUUGCGUUAUCUUCCUCAGAACCUAUUCCUGUUACUUUUAGUUUUACUAUACAAUUAUGGUAAUAUCGAAACACAAUCUACACGAUAUCCCCAUCUAUAUAAUUAAUCAAGUGGUAGCAUAGUUUAGUACGUAACACACAAAACCAACGCAAACAAUUUGUAAAUACAACUAACAGCUUUACUUACGUCCACCCGGUGAUCGAGCCGUAAUUGUUCAUGUCUGCCUUGACUCAACUAUCAAUAUUGACAAAACAGAAACUGUAUCCUUUCAAAACAAUAUGAUGAAAGCCAAUUAUGCAGCCAAGCUGCUUUAAAAUCGAAACAAACGUGUCGAGAGAAAAACAAAAAACAUUGCUGCAAACGAUUUUUGAACUGUGGAAAAUCUAAUAUUUAAUCAAACAAAAAUAAAUUGUGAUCUAAUUGAGUUGAAAAAGUUAGUUAGAAAAAUUAGUGAUUUUGAAGAAUCGAAAAUUUUAACUUAUAUUUACAAAGCACACAGCAGUAUAUUUACACCUAAAAUUUAAUAUUUUAGACCAAUGUUUUUAUUUGUAAUUACAAAAAAGAAACCCUUUCGGCCAAAUUUAUUAUUUAAAUUUAGACGAAAAUUGUGAUGUAUGCGUAAACUAAAUUUUAACAUAUUGUAACGGAACUGGAUAACUGACCAACAGUGAUUGAGUGAUUUUUACGGAUAAUAAUAAAGAUAGAAACUUUGUUCGAGAGACAAUCAGAGUAUGUUCAGGCCACCGUUGCGUGUAGCGUCGAUUGUAUUCCACACAACACUCUGGAACUGUCACCAGUUUUUAUUGAGAAUGUAAAAUACAGUUUUAGUAAAGAAGCAUGAAUAAAUAGUUUCGUUUUA